AUGGAGAAAUUCCAAAGGCUAGAUAGAUCUCACUACUUCUUAUAUCCACUUAUCUUUCAGGAGUAUAUUUAUGUACUUGCUCAUGAUCAUGGUUUAAAUGGAUCGAUUUUGUUGGAAAAUGCAGGUUAUGACAAUAAAUCCAGUUUACUAAUUGUGAAACGUUUAAUCAUUCGAAUGUAUCAACAGAAUCAUUUGAUUCUUUCUGUUAAUGAUUCUAAACAGACUGCAUUUUUGGGGCACAACAAGAAUUUUUAUUCGCAAGUAAUGUCAGAGGUUUCUUCAACCAUUAUGGAAAUUCCAUUGUCUCUGCGAUUAAUAUCUUCCCUAGAAAGGAAAGGGGUAGUUAAAUCCGAUAAUUUACGAUCAAUUCAUUCCAUAUUUUCUUUUUUAGAGGACAACUUUUCACAUUUAAAUUAUGUAUUAGAUAUACUAAUACCUUACCCAGCUCAUCUGGAAAUCUUGGUUCAGGCUCUUCGCUAUUGGAUCAAAGAUGCUUCCUCUUUGCAUUUAUUAAGAUUCUUUCUCCAUGAGUGUCAUAAUUGGGAUAGUCUUAUUACUUCAAAUUCAAAGAAAGCCAGUUCUUUUUUUUCAAAAAGAAAUCACAGACUAUUCUUCUUCCUAUAUACUUCUUAUGUAUGUGAAUAUGAAUCUGGCUUCCUAUUUCUCCGUAACCAAUCUUCUCACUUACGAUCAACAUCUUCUGGAGCCCUUAUUGAACGAAUAUAUUUCUAUGGAAAAAUAGAGCAUCUUGCAGAAGUCUUUGCCAGGACUUUUCAAGCGAAUUUAUGGUUCUUCAAAGAUUCUUUCAUGCAUUAUGUUAGGUAUCAAGGAAAAUCAAUUCUUGCUUCAAAAGGGACGUUUCUUUUGAUGAAUAAAAGGAAAGAUUACUUUUUCAAUUUCUGGAAAUCUUAUUUUUACCUGUGGUCUUAUCCAGGAAGGAUUUCUAUAAACCAAUUAUCCAAUCAUUCCCUUGACUUUCUGGGUUAUCGUUCAAGUGUGCGUCUAAAGCCUUCAAUGGUACGCGGUCAAAUGCUAGAAAAUACAUUUUUAAUUAAUAAUGCUAUUAAGAAGUUUGAUAGUAUUGUUCCAAUUAUGCCUCUGGUUGGAUCGUUGGCUAAAUCGAAAUUUUGUAACGCAUUGGGGCAUCCUAUUGGUAAGGCAAUUUGGGCCGAUUUAUCAGAUUCUGAUAUUAUUGAGCGCUUUGGCCGUAUAUACAGAAAUCUUUCUCAUUAUCAUAGUGGAUCUUCAAAAAAAAAAAGUUUGUAUCGAGUAAAAUAUAUACUUCGACUUUCUUGUGCUAGAACUUUAGCUCGUAAGCAUAAAAGUACUGUACGUGCUUUUUUGAAAAGAUUCGGUUCGCAAUUAUUGGAAGAGUUCUUUACGGAAGAAGAACAAGUUUUUUCCUUGACCUUUCCAAGAGUUUCUUCUAUUUCGCGAAGGUUAUCUAGAAGGCGGAUUUGGUAUUUGGAUAUUGUUUGUAUCAAUGAUUUGGCCAAUCAUUAA